AUGAAGAUCAUUCAUUUCACCGUAAACCUUUCCAAUCCGAAUUGUGGCAGUUUGAUUGUAGAACUGAUUUUCAGUACGAAUCGGUUGCAUGCACUUGUAACCGAACAGUAUGAUCCGUUUGGACCAACCAAAAAAUCUCCUGUUAAUGUCGCUGUUUUCUUGGUAAACUUUAUCAAAAUCUACAAAGCACUGUUCCAGUUAUUUACGAAUGGGGUGGGCACUUUUUUUCCACCGAGGGCCACAUCAAAAAAAAACUUCCCAUACAUAAAAGAGUUGAACCUGAUGGGAGUGAUCAUGAGAGGGCUGUCCAUCCUAUCCCUUCUCCUCACUAUCCUCACUUACACGCUCCUCAAGAAAACCCGCAAAGGCAUUGCAACGAAGAUACUAGUUAGUCUAGGCGUGUCUCUGAUCUGCCUGUGGCUCGUUCUCUAUGUCGCCGAGACCAGAUGCAACAGUCAGAAAGAAUGUUGGAUAUAUAAUGCACUCAGAUAUUACUUUGUGAUGGUUUCUUUGAUGUGGAAUGCAGUUGAGGCCCAAAACAUGUAUCGUAUGUUGGUGGUCGUCUAUUACAGACCUGUUGAUCAUUUCGUGCUCGUCUCAUCUUGCAUAGCUUGGGGUCUCCCAAUUUUGAUGGUUUUGCUUGUUCUAACUGUUGACGCAGCAGCUUUUGAUGGGAUUUAUUUGAAGUGUUCUUUCAGAUGUGGUUUGAAAAUGAACACUCUCUAUUACGCUUGGCUGUCUCCGAUGUUGAUCAUCAUCUUUCACAAUUCACUCAUCUACCUCAUGGUAGUCGGCAUUCUCUUCAAAGAUUCAACUAACCGCCAAAAUGAUGAGGAAAGAAAAAACACAAAAUCUCGCCUGGCAGGAGCUCUCAUAUUGUUGGUCCUGUUGGGAGUUCCAUGGAUCUUGAGUGCAUUUGGAGCUAUCAAGAAUGAAGACAGCGAUUCAGUUGAAAUCUUCAAAGGAAUAAUUGGGGUACUUCUAGUGACUUUCAUCAGCUUGCAGGGACUGUUCAUUUUUUUGUUCCACUGUGCUUGCAAUGAAUCUGUUCGUAGAGAGUGGAGAAGCUUUCUCAUUUGUACGAAUCAAACAAUUUCAUCGUACCUCACGGUGAAAAAUUCAGUUUCAACGACAACAAACACGCGGGCCAUCAACUUCAUCAGUGCCGGUCAAUAA